ACUAAAUAUCGUUGCGAAAACAGUACUAUGAAUCACAAUGAGGUUAAGCUUGUAGACUGCACAAGAUUUUAAUUACGCAUUUUUAAGAAAUAGAAGAAAAAUAAAACCCGAUAAAAAGUACGGAAAACAUGUAUUAAACUAUACGCUGAACCAUCGUAAUACAGCUGUUCCAGUAGCAAUGACUGGCAAGGUCGGUAGGCGCUCCUGUAUGAAUUACGGUGACUUCAUGCUUCACUACAUUUUAUUUCACCCCCCACCCCGCCAUGUUAGCGUGUUGCAGAUCUCUCUAGUCAACUCCGUGCUGCAGGUGCAAUUGCUUGUAGUCGCUGAUAGUCGGGCUUCUUCAAACACCCAUCAAGCCUUGGUUAUUUCCUCAAUUUCCACAAACAGUUCUGCUUCUGCUUACCUCUUGCAUUUUGGUGUGCUACCGCGGCUGAGGCGGCUCAUUCUGCAGUUUGCCUGGGAUCGCAGUGCCUCUUAAAGAAACAUCCUCCACUCUUUCUGUUUGAUCCUGUUGUGUCUGUUUGGGUGGAUUAAAUUUUUAAUCAAAGACUUCUUUGCACGUCGGCGAAUUUGAUAUCGUAAUUGCCAAGAUUCUGAAUUUAACCCAUAAAAUCAGGAGGUGGAUGUAUAACCAAAUGCUGGAGGAGAACCAUUCGAAUAAAAUUCGUUUAACUCUUUGAAGCAAUCCGCAGACAGGUUGGAAGACGAGGUCUCGGCACUAUUCAACUACGGGGAAAUACGAAAAACGAGAUUAAACACGUUGUUGAGUUUUCUAACCGAAGUUGGAGGUUGCGUGUCUUGCAAAAAUAUGUUCAGGAUGGAUUUACUCAAUUUUAAAGGAUUGCUCCUUAAAUAAGGAUUGAUGAAGAAUUGCUAAAUCCCCUUUUUGUAAAUCUUUUCCUCGGAAGAUUGCAAAGGUGGAGCGAUUAGGAAAGGCUGAUGACGGACCUAUUAAUCCUUUCAGUGCAUCAAAAGCACGAAAAGGUCUUGGAAACGUUUGGAUGGAAAUCAGGCGAAUGUUUAGACCUGUUUCUAGUUUUAUAUGAAACUGGUGACUAGUUUUUUUUUUCCCCAGGGAUAUCUGUUUGCGCCUCUCUAAUAUGCUUUUUUGGUGGUAGGGUAAUGAUCUUUGUUAUCCAUUUUUGAAAUUUCUAAUAUAUCAAUCUUUUCCACUUGAAGUAUUCCUGUAUCUAAAUGGAAUUAGUUGAGAUUGAAGCCCCUUGUAAAAGGAACAGACAUGGUACAUGGGCACAGUUUGGUUCACGUUGUUGCAAGUCUCAUCAUACUUGGGUUGUCUGGGGCAACAAAGAAGGGGACAGUGAAGAACAAUUCAGGAGUGCAGCCAGCAGGCCAGUGUGGAACCUGGAUCAAAGACCCGGAAGGGGGUCUUUUCACUUCUCCAAACUACCCCAACAAAUACCCUCCAGAGAGAGAGUGCAUUUACAUAAUUGAAGCUGCACCUAGGCAAUGUAUUGAUCUCUUCUUUGAUGAAAAAUAUUCAAUUGAGCCUUCAUGGGAAUGUAAAUUCGACCACAUUGAAGUUCGAGAUGGGCCAUUUGGCUUCUCCCCAAUAAUUGGACGCUACUGUGGACAGCAGAGUCCACCGUAUAUAAGAUCUAGUGGCCGAUAUCUUUGGAUAAAGUUUUUUGCUGAUGGCGAAUUGGAAACAAUUGGGUUUUCUGCCAGAUACAACUUCACUCCAGAUCCUGACUUUAAAGACUUGGGAGUCCUCAAACCUCUGCCCUUUUGUGAAUUUGAAAUGGGAGGACCUGAAGGUAUUGUUGAAUCACAGCAAAUCACCAAAGAAGGCAAAGCUUUAGAAACGGAGGCAGUGGACUGCAAAUGGUAUAUCCGAGCUCCACCACGGUCCAAGAUCUACCUGCGGUUCCUGGACUAUGAGAUGGAGAACUCAAACGAGUGCAAGCGCAACUUCGUGGCCGUGUAUGAUGGAAGCAGCUCGGUGGAGGAUCUGAAGGCCAAGUUCUGCAGCACAGUGGCUAAUGAUGUGAUGCUGGUAACAGGGCUGGGAGUCGUCCGCCUGUGGGCUGACGAGGGGAGCCGCAGCAGUCGAUUCCAGAUGCUUUUCACUUCCUUCCAAGAGCCUCCUUGUGAAGCAGACACAUUCUUCUGUCACAGUAACAUGUGCAUCAACAACACCCUUGUGUGCAAUGGCGUUCAGAACUGUGUCUACCCUUGGGAUGAAAACCACUGCAAAGAAAAGAGAAAAGCGAACCUUUUGGACAACCUAACCAACACCAGUGGGACGAUAAUUGGAGUUACCUCAUGCAUUGUGAUUAUCCUUCUUAUUGUGUCUGUCAUAGUUCAGAUCAAACAGCCACGCAAAAAAUACAUUGUAAGAAAAGAAGACUUUGAUCAAACAGUAUUUCAGGAGGUGUUUGAGCCCCCUCACUAUGAACUGUGCACUCUCAGAAGUACGGCAGCCUCCGCCGAUCUGGUGGACCUUGCCGAGGACUUUGAGAACUACCACAAACUGCGGCGAUCUUCGUCGAAAUGCAUUCAUGACCAUCACUGCGGGUCUCAGAUGUCGAGCGUGAAGGGCAGCCGCAGCAACCUCAGCACGCGAGACGCGACCAUCCUGACCGACGCGCAGCCCCAGCCCGUCAGGCCCCUGAUGCCCCCGGCCAACAGGAGGAGCAUCCUGGUGAUGCGGCACAGCUGCUCCCAAGACGCCGCGGAUGGCUGUGACCUGGAUGAAAUAGAGGAGGUGCCCACAACCAGCCACAGGCUCUCCAGACAUGAUAAAUCCGUCCAGCGGUUCUGCCUCAUUGGGUCUCUAAGCAAACAUGAAUCUGAAUACAACACAACUAGGGUCUAAGAGACAAUCUCAAGACUGCUUGAGAGUAGUGCAGUCCUGGAGGGGUUCGCUCAGGCUUCAGUGAAAUGUGAACAUGUGGACCGCGGACAUAUACCAGCAUGACAUUUUAUGGACUUUUCUUACUGGCAUAUUUUCAUAGUGACACAUAAUAUAAGUCAAAUAAAUGAGUGAUGAGAACAACAGUGCAAAAAACUAUGGAUUUGUAACAGUAAGACCACAAAAACGCCAGGACAGAAAUAUGAAUUCAGGUACUUAAUUGCCCUGAUUGUGACUUUCAUAUAUUUUUAUUUCAUAUCUGUUGGACAGUAAGGAUUAGCAAUAUAAUUUAGUUAAUAUUUUAAAUAAUUAGAUCAUUAGUCUGUGUCUCUAAAAUAUCUAUGAACUUUAGUAGUUUACUAAAGAGAUUUAAAAAUGUUUUUGUAGUUAAAACACUGUAAAAAGCAUGCCAUUUAUGUUAUGUGCACCUAGAUAGAAAAAUCUUGUGUUUAAUGCCUGCAACCUGUACAUCUUUAAAUAUGUUACAUUCAUAUUUUGUAUUAAUUACAUAUUUAUAUCAUUCAUUAUAGAUUUACCCUUUUUACCCCUUACUAGAUCAGUUUUUUCUUUGCACAAUAGGAAGGAUUUAGUAGAUUUAUACUAGUUUGCGCAUGUUUUUAGAAUACACACAAAAAUGUUUUACAGACUUACAAAAUGCUGACGUUAAAAGAAAGUAAAUCUGUUUUCUAUGUAAUUUCUACAAGACAAAGGUACUGCUGGAAUGCAUAUGCUAAGAGUAUUUUUAACUAAAUUCAGACAGUACAUUGAAUAACAUAUGCUUUCCCAUUUUUCAGAGUGGCAGAAUAUUUCCAAACAGCGGUGACCGAUGAAACACAUUUUCUGUAUACCUCCUUUUAAGCUUAAAUUAUAAUGAGACAAUGAUGAAAAAAUAACAAUACAUUUUAAUUUGAAGACUGCCUCCUGUUUUCUGUACACAUUUCUUCCCAACAGUUAAUGUGUUCUUUGUACAGUUUACAAACAUUUUGAAAAAACGUUAAAAAUACUCAUUUGAAAUCCACAAUAUACAGAAUGCAUUUCAUAUCACUUAUUCUUGAGUUGUUUGUACAUAAUAAAGCAAAAUUAUUUCCUUUAAAGUAUUAUUCACUUUGGUUUUGAUUUUUUUUGGUUUCUCAUUUCUUUUAUUGGUGUAAGUUCUACCUCCAAAAUAUAUUUAUUUUAACAUACAGAAGCCUUAGAGAACUGCAUGUUUUUCUGUAUGUCUUCAUUUUUCAGUACUUAACGUACAUUCUCUACUCAUAACAGUGAUUCCAAAGUCCUCAAAGCUUAGGAACUGAAGUACUUGUUUCUCAACACUGGUUUUAACAUUAAUUGAAAAGUAAACCCAGUUCUCAAAACCCAAGCCACUUGGUUUAUCCAAGGAAUUGUAGAGAUCUGCUUUCAUAGCGCAAAUAUGUCAUUUAAAUGUCUGACUGGAUUUUGUUUCUGGACACUCCAUGAUUGAGUUAUUAGCUGGACUGGUUCUUUUUGGCAUUUUCUCCUUGCUUUGUUCAUUAACCUUCUUUGGUUGUUGACAAUAGAGUGAACAGCCCUGUAGAAAAAUCUAUUGAUACAGUGUAUGUUUUUCAGUAUAACAGUUCUGUUUUCUCACUAUAAACAUGAAUUGCAAAAAAUAUUAAACUUUCUAAUUUUGUGUAAAUAAUGUAAGAAUAGCUAAAAAUCUUCUACAUGACUUCUUGCCUUUUAACAAUAGAGUUGAACAUUACCAAAAUGUUCAAAAGUGUGGAGAAAAAAGUGGACAGGUAUUCAUGAGACACAGUACUGCUCAGGUGCCUGCAACUAAACUCAUAAAAUAUUCAGAGCUCCAUGAAGUGAGGAAUCUGCACAAUAUUAAAAAUGGAUGCGUCUUUAAACAGAGAUUUCACUUUAUUUAAACGUAGAUAAUAAAUACAUCACAUAUUAAGGUUACAAACAAAAAUGUAGCAUAAUAUGAGUGUCCCUUGCUCUUAGCAGGCCAUUGCUUUUAGCUUAACAAAUUUUAAAAUGAUAAUUAUAAAAGAAUACUAAUGUAAGAUAAUUAUGAACAUAUUCUGCUACUUUUAACUUCUUUGUAAACACUAAAUAUAAUUAUGCCUUAUAUUCUUUAAUGGCAUUAAUUAGAUUUACUACAGCAAAACUAGACAAGCUCUUUUGAAUUAACAGACAUACCUACCACAUGACUUUUGUCC